CCGGCGAUUAAAGAUCUAUGAAAAUGUUUCGUUAACCUCACUGUCUCAGUUUGCAUUGAAAAUUACAUCGACUCGGAUCCAAUUGAAUUUACCCCACAAUGGCAGCGAAGAGAGUGGUUGUCGCCGGCGGAAACGGCUUCUUGGGUUCGAGAAUCUGCAAAUCCGCUGUGGCUAGAGGAUGGGAGGUUACGUCACUUAGUCGUUCCGGAGAACCGCGAUGGGAUACUGUCACCGGCUCUCUCAGUCGCCCAAGCUGGGCCAGUUCAGUCGAAUGGGCUAAGGCCGAUAUGCUCAAGCCGGAAACCUACAAGCCGUUCCUAAGUGGUGCGACCGCCGUCGUCCACAGCAUGGGAAUCCUCCUCGAGGCGGACUACAAAGGGGUGGUGCAGGGACGAGAACCAAUCCUUAGCGGAUUGCAAAAGGCUUUUGCAGCGUCAAAACCAGGCAGUCAGAAUCCGUUGCAAAGGCGUGAAGGAGAGCCUCUUCAAGUGAAAGAGCGCAAUGGGCAGUUUACAUAUGAGCUUAUGAACCGCGAUUCUGCGAUCGCAUUGGCGCAAGAAACUCGUAACGAACAUGUCCCGACUUUCCUCUACAUCUCUGCUGCUUCAGGCGCCCCAGUUCUCCCCAGUCGAUAUAUCACAACGAAGAGAGAGGCGGAAUCUAUUAUCGCGGCGAAAUUACCAGAGCUGCGGAGUGUCUUUGUGCGAGCCCCGUUUAUGUACGAUGAAAGCAGGAAGUUCACUCUCCCCAUUGCUCUUGGUGGCUUUGUCGGUUCUCAGGUCAAUGCGCUUUUGGGCAACAGACUGGACUUCUUGGGCUCUAUGGUCACGAAACCCUUCCAGGUGGAUACUGUGGGUGAGGCUGUAAUGGAAGCCCUCGAUGACGAUUCUGUCCAAGGUGCCUUGGGAGUAGAGAAGAUAGAAGCUCUGGCUACGAAAGCGUGGAGAAAGAGCAUGCUCUGAGCAAGGAGCACAAGGGAAAAUAAUUGAUUGCCAAACUAACAUGUCAGACUGGCUGCUUGGCGCCUUGAGUGAGAAUAUUCCCAAGGUGAGCAAGAAGACCUAUCUACCGACCGGAGGAAAGGCCUGCGAAGCUAGGUCAAAUUUCCGGCCGAGCGCAUAUCAGCAUCUGAUUUCGCUCCGAAAUAACG